UCAAUGGUCUGUAUUUAAUUUCCAUACCCGAUAUAUACACUUGUCUAUGACCAACCUCGAGUGUCCGUGUUUAUGUGUGUGAAUAUAUACAUGUAUAGACACAUAAAUGUUAUUCAUAUUGCCAAAUACAUAGGUUUACGCAUGUACCGGCAGUCCGUAGAAUGGACGCCAUAUUGGAAAGCUAACCGUGUAUGUGGCUCGGAAUGAAGAUAAAGAAAACCCGAUGUGAUGAUGGCAUCCAGCACACCCAUGACCGUUCCAUCUGGCCAGAUAGCCAUACGAGUAAAAGGGGGUUCGCAAUGCUCCAUCCACAGAAAUAAGGAAGUCAUUCUACACUGCACGGAUUGUGACAUUUUGAUAUGCAUUUCAUGUAGUAUUUCUAUACAUAAUGGCCAUACGCUUGCAGAAAUUUCGGACAUAACACCGGUAAAGAAAGAUGUGCUGCGAGAUUUUAUUAACGAUACUGAAAAUCACAAGCUUGAUCAAAUCCGAAAGGAAAUACAGUCAAUUGAAACGAAACUAUCUGAAAAUGACACAAUAUUUUUGAAGCUGGGACAACAAAUACAGCAGCAGGCGGAAGUAUGCAAAAACAAAAUCGACGUUCUUACCGGAGAGUUUGUCUCCCUCUGUGAAAAGAUGGAAAAAGAUAAUCAAAAAUUACUGGUGAAGUACAAACAUGAACUUAAACAGCGAUACAAAUCGCUUGUGAAGCAAUUGAAAGAAUGCAAAGAAGUGUUGCAAUCGGGUUCCUCAAUUGAUGUGUUCGACAAAACAUCAGAGCUUUCCAGCGUUGCUCUUCAACUCCCCGUUAAACCAGUUCUAAGUGAAGUGGAAUUCCAGCCUUGCGCAUCCCCGACUAAGCGGCUGAGGAAAGCAUUGGGCGAACUGUACAAACUAAGUCCAGGGACCCCCAGCAAUGCCACAAUCGAUGACCCAACAGUAGGGGAUGAAUUCCUUGACCAGCCCACUGUACUGACAGAGUUCAAGAGUCCAAUGGAAUGCACUGCACUUUGCCCGACACCAUUCGGCACUUGGCUCAGUGAAGCUGAAUCUAAAGUACUGUUGCUUGUAGAUUUCCAGGGUCAAAUCAGGCAGAAGGUGAAGCACUCCUGCGACAUCACGAACAUUAGCACUUCACGAAAAACAGAUAACAUGUGGUUUUGUUGUGCUGGAAAUAAGACCAUCUAUGAAGUAGCGUCCUGUUCCAAUACACCUGUUGCAGUGUUCGAAACCGAAAGCUGUCCAACAUGCCUCUGUAUCAACAAGGAUGAACAAGUAGUCGUAUGGACAAAGGAUCCAGAUUUUCUACACGAGCGAGUCUUUAUCUUCACAACAGCGGGCAAAGUGAUAGUCUCCACUUGUCCACUUGGUCAAGAGGCCUGGCCGGUACGGACACCCUUCACUAUCGCACAAUGUUCACUGACUGGAAACCUUGCUCUUCUGUGUAGAGGAAGUACAAGCGACGAAGAAUCACGCGGAAUUAUCAGCGUGUAUAACGAAGAACUGACAUUGCUGUUUCCUUACACAGGAACCGAUGACGUCAGUGGAGAACCUUGCUUUGUCCCGUGGACCGCUGUGUAUGACAGCAAGGGACAUCUUAUUGUAGGAGACGAACAAGGAAAUAAAAUACACCUCAUCAGUGGGACGGGACAGCAUUUGAGAACAAUUAGAUUCGGGGUACAAACGGACAAUUUAGCUCUUGGCGUUCAGUCGGAUGAUGUACUAUGGCUGUGUUUUUAUUCCGGCGGCAAAUCUGGGAAACUCGGAAUAUUUGGAAAGGUCGUGCGGAAGCUUUCUGAUUCUACGUCAGACUUACUAAAACCGGAAAUAAAAACCAUACAGUACUACAAAAGCUAGGGGAAUGUACCGGAAGUGCUGCGUCACUGAACACAACAAUUCUAAUGUCAGUUCAAAUACCUCUGCAAUGAAAUUUUAACAUAGUCAAAGUGUCAGUCAAUAAUUUUAAUCGAUCUAUUUUAUUGAUCAUUCACUCCUGCAAACUAUUAGCAAUUUCUCAUAGACUGAUUCAUGAUGAUGUGAUUCGCAACAGAAUGCAGUGUUUAUUUUGACUGCAAUUCAAUAUGUCUAAUACUCAAGAAACAGUUGUAUAGAUGUUUUAAUAAUCACACAUAUGAAUUUCAUCUACGGGACUUUAAACUUCGGGGGAAUCGCAGUUAGAGCGAUAAUGCCAAGUGUAUGUCCAGUAGUACAAAUGGUCCCAUGUUUACAGUAUUUUUAAUGGUUGCCCGUUUCAUGCAACUCACAUGAGUAAAAAUACUAAGUUAGAUGACAUAUCAGUUAAAUAAAUGGAAUCUAAAGCCAUUCACUUUUAUAUUUGUAUCAUUUUGAUGACUCCAAGACUUAGGCUUUAUUGGACGAAACCUCGAAAAAUUGUGUCAAGUCUGGCACUGUAAUAACGGGAGAUUUCCUAACGUUAUGACGUCUGCUGAACGACGUUAUUCGUUUGAUUACUGCAUGUUGCCGGAUUAUUUCUAAGCAUUAUAGUUUACUUAAUACAUAUAGAUUUGUACUGUACAUGUAUAUAACGGAAAAGUUUGUUCAUAUAUCAUCAGCUAUACGGAGCAGUGCCUGUUCUGAUUGCUUGACAGUCCGAAACCUAUAUCUUGUGCAAGAAAGUGAUGACCAAACCUACCUGAAACCACUCUAUAAACAGACCACCUGUGUUA